UCAAAAUGGCGAACAGUAGCAGAAGAUCAAGUUUGUUAUUUAUUUUACGAUUUAUUGUGAUUUCAUGGUCUUUUUUCUGGUUCAAUGUUUCCUGUGACGAUACAUCUAAUAGAAAGGUUUCUAUGAAGUUCAACCCUGGAUGUAACAUGACAGUAUGUACAUCAGGGGUGAAUGGAUCAUUUGUCAAUGUUGCUCAUGUUUCCGCUGUCGGCUCCCAAGAUUCUCUACAUUAUGUGAUGAGUACUAUUGGCAAACCAACAGUUCUUGUGGCGAGAAUAAACAACCAACUCAAAGACUUGUCAAUCAACUGGGAAAAACUCCUUUCCAAGAAUAUAAGCGACCUACACAAUUCUGUGACAUUUGACCCGGAGCCAAUCUAUUCAUUUGCUGUAGUAUUUAAUAGGCUGAUUGAGUACAAUGACACCCAUGACGAUUCUACACUAGCUAAGGCCUGGAGCAAUAGUACUAAAGUUCACAACUUUCCAGAAUUCAAAUGGAGCAGUGCAGAGAAAGAGUCAAAUACAACAUCUCAAACAAUUGUCUUCAAAACUUCACCUGAAUCUUCGAAUUUCUUUGAAAAUGGAUCAUUGUCUUUCAGUAUACGUUUUUUCAACAGAACUGGUCGGGAAGAUUCCCUGCCUCAUCUUCUUUUCAAUGAUAACAUGACCAUGUUUGAUUUCACUAUUGAUCACAUGAAACCUUCGUACACCAACAGCAGAUUUGCUUUGGAGAUGAUCAUGGUCACGUCGGAUAAACCAGAUGAUAAGAUGACUGUUAUCACAAAGAAGUCUCUUGAUGAUGAAUACACACCAGGAAUCUUUAAGAUUGUUGACUGGCGUUCCCACCCUGACCAGUUGGGAGCCUACAUGCAAUGGAAACCUGUUUGUUAUAAGAAAAAUGUGAGAACAAUGGCCGAUUCCACGUCAACUCGAAUGUAUGAUCUCCAAGAUGUUACCACUAUUCCAGAGAGAAGCUUGGCAUCUGCUUACUUUGGGAAAGAACUGACUGAGAGGAAGAUCGCUAUGAAGGCCAACAACAUCUCUUUUGGUUUGACAGGGGACAAGUUUUAUAUUGACACAAACUACACUUCAUGGACUGCUGGUAUUGGUUAUGGAGCACCAAGUGAUGAAACCAUGUCCAUCCUCGUCAUAGCAAUAAUUGGUGCUGGACUUGGUAUCCCUGCUGUCAUUAUGAUCAUCGGAGGUAUCAUCGUGUGCAUGAAGAAGAGACAAGGACAGACUGAUUCUCCACAAUUCCACCAUGGCUAUACAACGAUCAAUGCUUAAUGUUGCAUGGAAACCUAGGACUUCUUCAUGAACAUGAUGAAUGCUAUUGAUUGAAAAUGUAGUCUGAAGCCUAAAACAUGACCAACACAUUUCAGUGCCAAGUAUUUAUAGGCCAUGUAUUGGUAAUGUCAGUACACUUGAAGAGUUCAGCCCUGUAAACCCUUAGCCGGUUCAUUUGAGCAGAGGAGGCAUACUGCAGCCUCGACGAUGUGACCCAUUCUGUCACCGAGAUGCCACCUAGUGUAGACAUUGGGCAUGAUUUUAUAUAUGGUUUCUCGUGUUCACCUGUAAAUUGUAAAUAAGAUAUCAUUUGAUAAAUUUUCUGAUUAAAUUACUAUGUAUAU